AUGGCGUAUCCUGAACGAGAAGAUUACCCUAUGCUCUCCAUCGCCUCAAAGGUCAUGUUCAACAUUCCACCAGGGCCUCGGGCAAGGGGUGCCGGGCGGCUUCCCGCCCCGCCCGCGCCCGCCCGCCGCGCCCUGGCCCGCACCCCUCGGCGGCGGGAGGGGGAGGCCCCGCGUGUCCCCCGGCCCCGCGCGCCCCCCGCCGGCCUCCGGUUCGGGGCGCACCGCCCUCCGCCUCCGUCUCCGCCCCCAGGACCGGCGGCCGCCAGCUUCCCGAGCGCUGCUUCCCCGGCCAGCGGCGCGAUGGGCUGCGGGAACUCCACCGCCACCAGCGCGGGCGCCGGCCGAGGCCCUGCAGGAGCAGCUAAAGAUGUAACAGAAGAAUCUAUAAUGGAAGAUGACAAGAGGAGAAACUAUGGAGGGGUAUAUGUAGGUCUACCAUCUGAAGCUGUCAAUAUGGUAUCCAAUCAAACAAAGACUGUACAAAAAAAUUAGAAGAAAAUAUCAUGACUCCAUAAUCAAGAG